GGUCAUUUUUAAAUAAAAUGCAUCUUUUUCAUCCAAACUGAGUGAAAAUUUGUCCAUAUAGGUAAAAACUGCUGAAAAAUCGAAUGAACAUACUUCUGAGAUCUUUAGAGACCCUUCGAAAGUCCCCGGAAAACCUUUCCUCGAAAAACCAUGGUAUAAGCAGAAGCACACAUAACAUACGUCUUUCUUUAAGAUAAUAUCUUUUGCAGCUACACUAAGUUAGUUCGGUAUGCCUAGAGGAAAUAAAAGGAAAAGUCAAUCGCGCGGUGUAUCAGCUCGUCGCUGGUCAAAUGUGCGAUUCAUCUGAUGAUGAAUAUCGCAUGGAUAUUGAUGAUGAAGAAUUGAAUUUUAAAGACAAACUUUUGCUAACCGACAUUAGUGAUCUUGCUGAAAUGUGCAAGUCGAAAUGUGACAUAAAAUAUCUUAGCACUUUGCUUUAUAUGUUGUUACGUUUCUUCAAUAUUAAAUGGGAAGAUGUCGAUGAGUAUUUGAAGAGCAUUGGUUUUAUGACCGCGAAAACUUCUCAUAAAUGGGCAACGGUGUUUAUUGAAGGAGAUUAUGAAGAGUUUUCAAAUGAUUUACGUGGUGGUAAACAAACUGAUUCAUUUUAUGAUACGUUUUUUUGUUCAUCUUAA